AUGGAGAGGAAACAAACCAGGCCUGCCUAUUUACCGUUGUUUACAAACCAAAAUGUUCUGCUUCGUUCGUUCAGGACAGCAAACAGGUGUUACCUCGCUUGGUUUAUUGCCAUACUUCGAUACGUGAUGCGUAAACUAAAAAUUUUCAUCCUUAAAGAUCACUAUACUGUGAUGGGAAUGAUCCUGAGAGUUAAGUUCAUGUGUUGUACUUUUGUUUGUGUAAUUUUCGUGACUAUCAUUAUGAUGAAAUUUCGACUCAAUUCUUCAAGUCAGUGGAGAAGAUCUUUAGACUACGAAAUAAUGUCUUUAUCUAAACAACGCGUGUAUAUCAACGGGCGAUUCGUAUGUGAAAACAACCAAGGAGUGAAAUAUUUGUCUUAUCAACCUCCUGGUGGGGGAUGGAAUAACCAGCGAGUCGCUUUCGAAAAUGCGGUUAUUUUAGCCAAGCUGUUAAACAGAACUCUUAUAGUUCAUCCAUUAGCUCCACACCAGGAAAUACUUCGCUUGAAGAGAAGUCGAAAGAUAUCUGCUGGUUAUGAAGUAUACAACAUGCUACCCGCAAACAAGUUGCUACCACUGUCUAAAGUCAUUGACCUGAAAGAGUUGUCUAAACUACUUCCAGUCAAGGAGGUCAUUUCUAGUCAUCAACAGUUCGUAAAAGACUACCAUCACUUAAGCUGGAGACAAGUUUGUCACAACGGUCUGGUAGGGGUUUGGGUUGAUGCAAUUCCCAAAAAGACGGAUAAAGAAAAGUGGACUCUUCUCCAAAAGCACAUAAACUCGAAUUUGCCAAAUCCUGCUGACCUACCCCUUUAUCGUCGAAUCUGCAGGGAAGAAUUGAAACAGUUUGGCAAUUCAAGUUUUCGACCUGUGUGGGGAAUAUGGGACGAACUGUCGGACAAACAGGAAGAAAUGCUAUAUUUUUCCGAAGGAUCUUUGUACAACAGGGAAUUGUUAUUUUUCGAUAAGCAUGCUGUUUUAAGCAUUCAUGAUUGGAUAAUAAGAUUUAUUCAUUUUGCGCCCGAUAUUCGCAAACGGGUCAAGACAGUCUUGCAAAUGAUAGGUCGCCCUUUCAGCGCAAUUCACGUUCGAAGGACAGAUCAUCCUUCCAGCUCUGGCGUGAAGCAAGAAUUCUGGCUAAAUCGUUUAAAGGCGCGUAAUGCUCUCAACUUAACUAAAACUCUUUAUAUAGCAACCGACGAACAAAACAAGGAUUGGUUUAAGCCUUUCAGUGACGAAGGAUAUAAUUUAUUUUUUCCUGAGGAUUUUCUCAAUGAGCUACGCUUUGAAAAUGAAGGUCCUGCUAUUGUUCAAGACAUACUGGGCUUGUGCGAGCAGCUAAUUUGCGCUUAUGCAGAUCAUUUUGUCGGAUCAUAUUAUUCCACGUUCACUAUGUACAUUAAGCGAUUGAGGAGACAAUUCUCGUGGAAAAAUGGAAUGUUGAAGAAGCCUGAAACCACCAUUGUAUGGAUUGGAUCAACUGAUAACAAAAGUUAA